UUACGGAAAGGUACCUACAGAUCAUUCGACAAAGAAGCGUAGCAAGUCAUCCAGUCAAUCACCCCCUGGAACGCCACCACGUACAAAGAAACGUGCUCCUGAAAUCACUCAGACUCCUCCCGAGACUCCUCCAAAAUUUUGUACGUCAGGAUCAAGCAAACCAAUUACUACGAUUUCUGACCUAUCUCUACCUGAACAGGCUAGCAUGACCGAUUCGUUUGUAAAUAACGAAUUUUCAUUACAAGAUUACACUGAUGGCAGUGAAAUUGAAGAAGAAGAAGAAGUUGUGCUCACGUCAGGUCAAGUGACUACCGAAUUCUUGCAGCAAAUGCCUGAACUUCAAGCUGCAAUGCCAUCUGCAAUCCCACGUGCCCUAAGACCUUUAUCUGAGCCUACCGUGAAACCUACGAACGCAGAAGAGAUGGAUGUGGAUUUUGAUGAAUUCGAUUAUCGUUCGGUCAACAAACGGCCGUUUAAUGAUGAUGAAUAUAUAAAAGAACUCGCUGUUUAUUACUGGAAGAAUGUGACAUAUACCCCACCCUAUUAUGGUGCGGAUAUGGCAGGUACUUUAUUUACUGAUACGACUAAGUCGUGGAAUGUAAAUUGCCUCGAUAACUUGUUGAAUACUAUCGAUCCAAUUCCUGGUGUAAAUAACGCAUACCUUUAUUUUGGAAUGUGGAAAGCAUGCUUUCCAUGGCAUGUCGAGGAUAAAGAUUUAUAUUCUAUUAAUUAUAUCCAUUUUGGAGCACCAAAACACUGGUAUGCUAUAUCUCCGCAACGGGCCGACAAAUUUGAACAGCAUAUGAGAGGCUGGUUCGGAUAUGCAUCCAAGAAUUGCUCUGAAUUUCUGCGCCACAAAGAGUUUCUUGUUUCGCCUUCUGCUCUCGACCGUGCUCCAAUUCUCUACAAUCAUGUUAUUCAAAGAGAAGAAAGUGUUAAUUUUGCAUUCGAAGACUGGAUUGAGAUCGGAAUUAGAGCAAAAUCAUGCGCAUGUCGCCCUGAUUCUGUACGAAUCGAUGUCCGAGCUCUUUUUGGUCAUUUGUUGGAUCCAGAUAUCUCAAAUACGAUUGCUCCACAUUCAAAAAAGACAAGGAUUAAAUUAUCCUCAAAUUCCAUGGGUACGACAUCAACCAAAAUUGUACUUUCCCCGAAAAAGGGUAGGUUGAAAUCUCACCAUAGUAAAGCAGUUCAUCCUCAUCAGUGUUAUUUAUGUCCAAAUAAAUACAGUUAUGACGAAGAAACAUUGGAAGGAGGUGAAUUUGAACUUAUAUCAAAUGAUGAUGGCAGUCAAUAUGCUCAUGGUUUAUGUGCAAUGUUUGUGCCAGAAACGUGGAUCGCCAGUACAGAUGGUUCAAUGGCUGAUUGUAAAAUUAUUGAAACAGAACCUAUACCUACAUAUCGAUUUGAAACAGAAUGUCAAGUUUGCCGUACCAAAGAAGGUGCAUGUGUCCAGUGCCAAGAAGCUGGCUGUGCGAAG